GGGAGGGAGGAUGCGGCGCAGGUCUCGGCUGCUGCUCUGCUUCGCCUUCCUCUGGGUACUGGGCAUCGCCUACUACAUGUACUCGGGCGGCAGCGCCGCUCUGGCCGGCGGAGGCGGCAGGAGAAAGGAGGACCCAAAUGAUAUUGACCCCAAAAGGAAAGAAGUGCGUGGCAAUGAUGUGGAGGACAAGGCACAAAGUGUGGAGACACUACCUCCAGGAAAAGUUCGGUGGCAAGACUUUCAUCAGGAUGCCUAUGUUGGCGCUACCGUGGUGCGAUCUGGCCAGGAUCCGUACGCGCGGAAUAAGUUCAAUCAGGUGGAAAGCGACAAACUGCGAAUGGACCGAAGCAUUCCUGACACUAGGCAUGAUCAGUGCCAAAGGAAACAAUGGCGGAUAGACUUGCCAGCCACUAGUGUGGUGAUCACCUUUCAUAAUGAGGCAAGAUCUGCUUUGCUUCGAACCGUUGUCAGUGUCCUUAAAAAAAGUCCAUCACAUCUUAUUAAGGAAAUCAUACUAGUGGAUGACUACAGUAAUGAUCCUGAUGAUGGGGCUCUCUUGGGAAAAAUUGAAAAAGUACGGGUUCUUCGAAAUGAUCGGCGAGAAGGCCUGAUGCGCUCCCGUGUCAGAGGGGCAGAUGCAGCACAAGCCAAAGUGUUGACCUUCCUGGAUAGUCACUGUGAGUGCAAUGAACACUGGCUGGAACCACUUUUGGAAAGAGUAGCUGAGGACAAGACCAGAGUUGUGUCUCCUAUUAUUGAUGUAAUUAAUAUGGACAACUUCCAGUACGUGGGGGCGUCAGCUGAUUUAAAAGGCGGCUUUGACUGGAAUCUUGUAUUCAAGUGGGAUUACAUGACACCAGAGCAAAGAAGAGCACGACAAGGAAAUCCAGUUGCUCCCAUAAAGACACCCAUGAUAGCUGGUGGAUUAUUUGUGAUGGACAAAUCCUAUUUUGAAGAACUAGGGAAGUAUGACAUGAUGAUGGAUGUUUGGGGUGGUGAAAACCUAGAGAUCUCAUUCAGAGUUUGGCAAUGUGGUGGGAGCCUAGAAAUCAUCCCCUGCAGCAGAGUGGGUCAUGUAUUCCGUAAACAGCAUCCUUACACGUUUCCCGGCGGGAGUGGUACUGUGUUUGCGAGAAAUACACGCAGGGCAGCAGAAGUCUGGAUGGAUGAAUAUAAAAAUUUCUAUUAUGCAGCAGUGCCUUCAGCCAGGAAUGUACCUUAUGGCAAUAUUCAAAGCCGAAUGGAGCUCAGAAAGAGACUUAGCUGCAAACCCUUUAAGUGGUAUCUUGAAAAUGUUUAUCCUGAGUUACGGGUACCUGAUCAUCAAGAUAUAGCCUUUGGGGCUUUGCAGCAGGGUACCAAUUGCCUUGACACUUUGGGCCAUUUUGCAGAUGGUGUUGUUGGAGUUUAUGAAUGUCAUAAUGCCGGUGGAAACCAGGAAUGGGCCUUAACAAAGGACAAGUCAGUGAAACACAUGGAUUUGUGCCUUACUGUUGUGGACAGAGCUCCCAGUUCACUAAUAAAACUUCAGGGCUGUAGGGAAAACGACAGCAGACAGAAAUGGGAACAAAUUGAAAGCAAUUCUAAACUGAGGCAUGUUGGCAGCAACCUCUGUCUAGACAGCCGAAAUGCCAAAAAUGGUGGUCUCACCGUUGAGAUCUGCAAUCCUUCUUUGUCACAGCAGUGGAAAUUCACACUUAAUCUGCAGCAGUAGAAGGACUUACAAGCAAAAUGCUGUUUCAACUGAAAAACAUUGGGCAAAGUUUUGAUUGAAUUACUGAUGUAUUUCUUAAAACUUUCCACGGAACUUAUAUACCUCAGUAUUCCACCUCUAUCUGAAAGUAGAGUGCUGAAGCAAACACCAGGGAUCCAGGGGACUCGGAGCACUGCAAGGAUGUCACUGAGCAUUACUUCACAGGAAGAAGGAAUUGUGCUGCAGACUUCAACUGUUCCUUUCUGUCUUCAGCUACUACUUGCACAGCAGAUAAUUAACUCUAGGAACAACUGACGUACUGUAAACAAAAGGAUCUGAAGAAACAUCUG